AUGGGAUACACCUCAAAUGAUAAAGAGGAGAUCAAGAACAUCAUCGAUGAAUUGUCGAACGAAUGGAGCGGAAACAGCUACAAUUUAUUGACCAGCGAGCUGUGUAGAAGGUUGGUUGGAAAGCCAGCACCAAGUAAGAUGAGAUCCACUUCACAUUUUUUGACAUUAUCCAAUGGUCCAUAA